CACUCGGUCGAUAAGGGAGGCGAGGCGAACAGGUGACGACAUCGUUGUCAUACUCGUGAUUUCAUAACACGCCAUUUUCUUUGUGUGAAGCGCUGGAGCGCGGAGGUGUUUUCACAGGCCGUGUUCCCUGACGAGUUCCCCAGCAAGUAUGGCAUCCCGUAAGAAAGUUUUGCUGAAAGUAAUUAUCCUUGGGGAUUCGGGAGUUGGGAAAACUUCUUUAAUGAAUCAAUAUGUCAAUAAGAAGUUUAGCAACCAAUAUAAAGCGACAAUAGGUGCAGAUUUUUUGACUAAGGAAGUGAUGGUAGAGGAUAGAAUAGUCACUAUGCAGAUUUGGGAUACCGCUGGACAGGAGAGGUUUCAAUCGUUAGGAGUGGCUUUUUAUAGAGGCGCAGAUUGUUGUGUACUGGUAUUUGAUGUAUCGGCUCCAACUAGCUUCAAAUCUCUAGAUUCAUGGAGGGAUGAGUUUUUAAUUCAAGCCUCGCCUCGAGAUCCAGACAACUUUCCGUUUGUCGUGCUCGGGAACAAAGUAGAUCUUGAAUCAAGAGCAGUCUCAAGCAAGAGAGCACAACAGUGGUGUCAAUCAAAGAACAAUAUUCCAUAUUUUGAAACUAGUGCAAAAGAGGCUAUUAAUGUCGAGCAAGCUUUCCAAACGAUAGCUAAGAAUGCUUUAGCUCAAGAAAGUGAAGUCGAACUUUACAAUGAAUUCCCGGAUCAAAUCAAAUUGACCAACGACCAAAGAAGCAAUGGUAGAGGUGAUUCAUGUGCUUGCUAGGUCUUGGAACAGUGGUAAUAUCUCAAAUGACUAAUAAAGAAUGCACAGGUCAGAUACACUCACAUCACCUGCGGCAUAAAGGACGCGGAGAAUAUAUUGCGAUGAGCUUUAUGUGUGCAGGAAGUCAUAAAAUUUCUUUCUUUAUCUCAACAUGUUAUUAUACAAUCUUCCUCUGUGUCCAUAAAACAAAAAAAAACGUCUCAAUAUAAUUCUUAAUAUAGUUUUGUUGAAACAGUUACAUUAGUGCACGGUAAAAAAAAUAACGAGUUAAAUCCAUACGUAAAGGAAAUGUGUACAAACUAUCUCGAUAUACAUAUACAUAUAUAUAAUUGUUUUUAUAAACGUGUGUGGGAGUAAGAUACAUUUAUCCGACUUUCUGACCUCUGAAAUAUCGCAAUCUUGAAUUAUGUACUCCCGCUGGACUUGACUUGUCAUAUAUAAGUCCUCUAUGUUAUUCUUUAAGUCAAGGAUUCGCAUCUCGUUUUUAAGUAUUGUAAUUGUAAUAUGCUCUCUUAUCGGGUAUGGCGAAACAUAUGAACUCUAUUUUUUCUCUAUUUUUUUAUCUCGAUAGUUUGUUGUCGAUUAAUUUUCACCGAAAGAGUAAUAGCUCGAGGUUUUCAAAUAAUAUAGGAGUCGUUGUUGCACCAGAGAGGAUAAUAUAUGGGUCGGGAACUCAGAUAGCAGUAUACUGUUAGUAAAUUAUAAUAAAAGAAUUUGCUCAUAAUUUGUUAAGUACAAUUGCAUUUACAGAGAAGCUCUAGUGCAUAUAGCUUAUUAUACUUAGACAGAACCGAAUAUUUGCUGUCAGUAAAAAUGGUUCGUACGAAAUAGAACGAAAAUAAGAUAAAGUUACAAUAAAGUUAUUAAGAUACUUUGUAGUGUCUCGUAAGAUGUUUUAACGAGUUUGAGAUUCACGCAAAUGGUAUGGUGUAA